AUGUUUGAGAUGAAGAAAACCAUUGACGCUUUAGUUGUUUUAGCAGGUAAGGUUUCAGAAUAUAACGCAAAAAUGAACCCGCAAUGUUCAAAAUGUAAGGCAGCAAUGAGGAAAUAUAACUACUCCGUCAAAGAGAUAGAACGUAUGAGAAACGACUAUGCAGACUUAAAGAAAGAAGCAGAAAAACCAGCAGAAGAUAAAAUGGACAUGUUAGCAUUUCUGAACAAAAACUAUCCAACUGCUGACGAUUUCCUUCUAUCUGACGUCAAGAAGAAGUAUAAAGAAACUUUCGGCAUUGUUAAAACAUUCGAUGUACUAAAAGAAGAAAUAGAGGCUACAAAACUGUUUAAAGUCAUGAACCAUCGCAACAUAUACCAUGUAAAACGCUUGUAA